ACCAUGCUCGGCUGCCCGCCGCUGGCGCUGCUCUGCGCGCUGCCCUGGCUCCUGUGGGCGGAGGUCCCCGGCCACCAGGCAGAGCCCCUCGGCCAGACUGCAGAGCUGCUCCGCGAUUCCCGCGACCCCGCCAGGGGCGCCGAUUUUGAUCGCGUCUACAGCGGGGUGGUGAGCCUCAGCACCGAGAACAUCUACUCCUUCAACCUCACCAGCCACCCUGGCCAGGUGACAGCUGUGCGGGUCCACGUGAACAGUUCCUCUGAAAACCUGGACUACCCAGUCCUUGUUGUGGUUCGGCAACAGAAAGAAGUGUUGUCCUGGCAGGUCCCUCUGCUCUUCCAAGGACUAUACCAGCGGAGCUACAACUACCAGGAAGUCAGCCGCACUCUUUGUCCAUCAAAAGCAACCAAUGAGACUGGCCCUCUGCAGCAACUGAUCUUUGUAGAUGUAGCAUCCAUGGCUCCUCACGGUGCCCACUACAAGUUGCUGGUCACCAAAAUCAAACACUUCCAGCUCCGGACAAAUGUUGCCUUUCACUUCACUGCCAGCCCAUCUCAGCCUCAGUAUUUUCUAUACGAAUUUCCUGAAGACGUGGACUCCGUUAUCAUUAAAGUGGUGUCUGAAAAGGCUUAUCCGUGUUCAGUUGUCUCGGUUCAGAACAUCAUGUGUCCAGUGUAUGAUCUGGACCACAAUGUGGAAUUCAACGGUGUGUAUCAGUCCAUGACCAAGAAAGCUGCCAUCACGCUACAGAAGGAUUUUCCAGACAAGCAGUUCUUCGUGGUGUUUGUGAUAAAACCUGAAGAUUAUGCGUGUGGAGGAUCAUUCUCCAUCCAAGAAAAUGAAAACCAGACCUGGAAUCUACAAAGAUCAAAGAACCUGAAAGUGACCAUUGUCCCAUCCAUCAAAGAAUCCGUGUAUGUGAAGUCCAGUCUUUUCAGUGUAUCCAUUUUCUUGUCCUUCUACUUGGGAUGCCUGCUCGUCAUGCUUAUCCAUCAUGUGAGGUUCCAGAGGAAAUCCAUUAGUGGAAGCUUUGGUUCCAGUGAUGGCUCAGGAAAUAUGGCUGUGUCACACCCCAUCGCUGCCAGUACACCUGAAGGAAGCAACUAUGGAGCAAUAGACGAGUCAAGUUCCAGUCCUGGAAGACAGAUGUCUUCCUCCGAUGGUGGGCAGCCAUGCCACUCAGACACAGACAGCUCUGUGGAGGAGAGUGACUUCGAUACCAUGCCAGAUAUUGAAAGUGACAAAAAUGUGAUCCGGACCAAGAUGUUUCUGUACCUGUCAGAUCUGUCCAGGAAGGACCGGAGAAUUGUCAGCAAAAAGUAUAAGAUUUAUUUUUGGAACAUCAUCACCAUCGCUGUGUUUUAUGCACUGCCUGUGAUGCAGCUCGUUAUCACCUACCAGACAGUGGUAAAUGUCACUGGCAAUCAGGACAUCUGUUACUACAACUUUCUCUGUGCUCACCCCUUGGGCGUCCUGAGCGCCUUCAAUAAUAUUCUCAGUAACAUGGGCCAUGUGCUCCUGGGCUUCCUGUUUCUGCUGAUAGUGUUGCGCCGGGACCUUCUCCAUCGAAGAGCCCUGGAAGCUAAAGACAUCUUUGCUAUGGAGUAUGGGAUUCCCAAACACUUUGGUCUCUUCUAUGCUAUGGGCAUUGCACUGAUGAUGGAAGGUGUACUCAGUGCUUGCUACCAUGUCUGCCCUAAUUACUCCAACUUCCAGUUCGACACUUCCUUCAUGUACAUGAUUGCGGGCCUCUGCAUGCUAAAGCUCUAUCAGACCCGCCACCCAGACAUCAAUGCCAGCGCCUACUCCGCCUACGCUUCCUUCGCUGUAGUCAUCACACUUACGGUCCUCGGAGUGGUGUUUGGGAAAAAUGAUGUGUGGUUCUGGGUCAUCUUCUCUGCAAUCCAUAUUCUUGCUUCUCUGGCCCUCAGCACCCAGAUCUACUACAUGGGCCGCGUCAAGAUAGAUGUGUCUGACACAGAUCUGGGCAUCUUCCGAAGGGCUGCUAUGGUGUUCUACACAGACUGUAUCCAGCAGUGCAGCAGACCUCUUUAUAUGGACAGGAUGGUGUUACUCAUUGUGGGGAAUCUGGUUAACUGGUCCUUUGCCUUCUUUGGAUUGAUCUACCGGCCCAGGGACUUUGCAUCCUAUAUGCUGGGCAUCUUCAUCUGCAACCUGCUGCUGUACCUGGCUUUCUACAUCAUCAUGAAGCUUCGCAGCUCUGAGAAGGUCCUCCUGCUACCCCUCUUCUGCAUCGUGGCCACGGCGGUGGUGUGGGCUGCAGCCCUGUACUUUUUCUUUCAGAACCUCAGCAGCUGGGAGGGAACCCCCGCAGAAUCCCGGGAGAAGAACCGAGAGUGUAUCCUGCUGGACUUCUUUGAUGACCACGACAUCUGGCACUUCCUCUCUGCCACUGCCCUGUUCUUCUCGUUCCUGGUGUUGCUGACUCUGGAUGAUGACCUGGAUGUGGUUCGCAGAGACCAGAUCCCUGUCUUCUGAGCCUCUGACAUCACAGGCAGAGAAGGCCCGAUCCACCUUGGUGCUGUUCUGUGGCAAAUAUGGUGACUGAAGCAGCAUGCUCACUGCCAAACACUCCACUUGUCUCAGUGUGUGCAGUCACAUGGGAAGAUGAGAGCUUGGGGUGAGCUAAACCCCGAGAAGAAUGGGAGAAGGGAAGCCCUGCUGUACACAGAGGCAAAGCCAGGAGGCUUAGGAACCUCUGUUUGCAACUUAGAUUGUGCUCAAUCUAGGCACAAGUUGCACCAGGCCAGCUUGCUGCCUCAGCCCCAUCCCAGCCUCACUGAGAUCAGCCAGAGAAACCAGUUACUUGUACCUCCCACCUAGAACUGCCACUGUCACCCCUGGGAGACACCCGCUGCUCUAAAAGCCCAAAGCACCAUCUCACUUCCCCUGGGUCCUCGGAGGGUGUGACUCCUCAGAAUAUGGUGCACACGUGGGACCAAGUCCCCACCCAACUGGGCCAGACAGUCUGGUAACUCAAGCUAAGUCACCUCUUCAGAGGGAAUGCUGACCUCUUCAGAGGGAAUGCUGAACAAUCCUCCGGGUUCCUGGCACUACUGGAAAUGCUCAGGAUGGGGCCUUGUCACAUACGCUUCUCAAAUGAUCUAUCACCAUUGCAGACCCCAAGGUCGGGGGAGCACCUACGUCCUAGUGUCUUCAUCUCAUCACUGGAUGCUGACUCGGCACUCUGAGGCCACCUUCUCAGAAGGGCCCCCUUUCCCCAUAGACUUCUAACAGUUCCAAGAUGGAUGGGAAAGGGCGAAAGAAGUGGCAGACAGUGCUAAGUGCCUGAGCAUCAGGCAGGCAGCCCUCCUCAUCUUAAGGACUCUGGAUCCUGGAGCAAAUUCAACAAAGCAACAGUGCUUGGUGGGUUCCCUACACACAGCCUUUGCAGGGAAAUACGUGCUCCCAGCAGCAUCACCCUGGGGUCCUCCACCACUGAGCCUCUUGCCUGUCAUUUAUGUAGAUGUCCCUCAGGAUGGACACCUGUUUCUCCCUCACUUGGGCUGCAGAGCUCAUAGCUAAUCCAGUUGCCUUGCAUUGCAUCUCUCUAAGCUGUCAUACAGCUCAGUGCUCUAGUUCCCUUCUCUCAUGCCAUCUGGCAAACCCUGUGAGAAGCCCUGCUUUGACCAGGCUUUCUGGUUGCCUGGAGUGUGAUGUCAUCAGAAAACAGACAUAUGAGUGUGUGCACACCUGCCUCUCUGCUUGUGACAUUGAAGUCUCUCCUCACCCAUGCAUUCUUGAUCACUUAUUAAGGAAAUGGAUCAGGCAUUCCUCUUUUUAAAAGUUAUUGUUCUUUUUCUCAAAUAUCUGCAUACUGUUCAAACAAUUGCUUUGGAAGUUUGAAUGGCAAGCUUUUCCUGAUUUUAGAAAUGCAAAGAUAAUUUCCACAAAUAAUUUUGUGCAUUUUUCUUUCUUUCCCAAGUGGUCUUGUGUUUGCAAUUGGUUUUCUGUUCUUCAAAACCUGUUGACUUCUGUGGGUCAUAUGAAAACUAUCAAUUAGAUUGUUGUCAGACAUCUUUUAAAAAAAGAUUGUAACCAAGUGAGACAUUGUGGAUUAGGUCCAUAAUCCCAGCACAGGCAGAGGCAGGUGGGUCUAUGUGAGUUCAAGGCCAACCUGGUUUAUGAAGUAAGUUCCAGGCCAGCUAAGGCUGCACAGUGAGAUCUUGUUUGGAAACAAAACAAACAAAGGGAGUUCAAAUCUGACAGCUUAUGGCUGAUUGCUGAUUCUUUCAAAGCAGUCUUCCCCUGGUGUUGAGUCCUAAAUGCCCCAAUAAGGAAUGUGUAUACAGCAAAGCCCUCCCAAACAGUCCUGUGACCUGAGUGAAUAAAUAUUAAGAUACAC